GCGGGGGUUGUUCAGUUGGACGGCCUCACUGUUGAUGUUGGGCGGCUUUUGAUUUCUCAUUCAAUAAUAUAAACAUAUACGUUCUUCUACUACACUUCUCUGACUGAUUGCGAGAGUGAUCGUCUGUAUCCCUUCGCAUUGAUAUUACAGUGGUGCCACUUCCAACUUCAUAAUAACCACUGCCAACCACAGCAUCCUAUCAUCAUGGCAUCUGAUAGUGUGCUCACCAUCGACGGCAGCAAGUUCGGACCUGCCGUCAUAUCUGAGGAAUCCAAUGCCUUCAACAAGUAUCUGAUGGACAUCAUGGCCGGCGGGCCAAAGUGGUACGAAGUUGGAGCGCAACGGUACCGUGAAAUGCGUGCCGCCGGCGAGACUCCGCUGCCCAAAGCCGUAUAUCUGGACUCUGCCGAGUCGUUCGACAUUCCCUCCAGGGACGCCGACCGAACGAUCCCUUGUCGGAUCCUGAAGCCUCAGAACGGCAAGUCCGCCAAAGCGAUCUUCAUGCACAUUCACGGCGGCGGUUGGGUCUUACAGGACGAGAAAUCCCAGGAUCCGCCGCUGCAGGCCAUUGCGCAAGACACGGAGACCAUGGUCAUUUCGGUCGGUUACCGCUUGGGCCCGGAGCAUCCUUUCCCUGCUGGUCCCAAUGACUGCUAUGACGUGGCGGAGUGGCUUGUCGACAAUGCCGAAGCAAAGUUCGGCCUUCCCAUGGCCUUCGUUGGGGGUGAAUCUGCUGGUGCCCACCUCAGUUUGCUGGUCGCUCUGUAUCUGCUACAACAUCACGACCGGAAGUACGCCGAUUUUCGAUUCAAGGGCCUUCUGCUGCACUUCGGGUGUUUUUCAUUGAUCUGGACGCCCAGUGUCUACAACUUCAAGAAGCCCGAGGUGUUGGUCCUGGACCGUGACUUGAUGGACCAUUUCAUCGACGCUUUCUGUCCCGGCAUGUCUGAUGAAGAAAAAAGGCAUCCUUCAUUGAGUCCACUCUAUGCGGAUCUGGAGCCUUUGCGGGGCAAGCUGCCGCCGGCGCUUUUCACUUGCGGCACCGAGGAUUGUUUGCUCGAUGAUACCAUGUUUAUGAGCACGAAAUGGUUGAUGGCCGGCGGUCAGGCCAUAGUUAAAAUCAUUCCUGGAGCUCCACACGGCUUCAUUUUCUUCCCACGCAACGUGAAAGGCAGUGGUUCCGAUGAGGGAAUGAACGCUGUUGAGGACUUUAUCCGAUCAAAGCUGAGUAGCUGAGUUUUGAAUACAAGGUAUUUAGAUGGAGGUCCAAUGGGCAUUGCAGGCUGUUUGUUAUGAUGAAUACAAUCUUUAGUAGGGAACAGAGUUUCAUGAUUCGGA